GACCCGCUAGUGCACCUCCUGGGGGCGUGUCCACAGAGACUGGCACAGACCGGUUCGUGCUGUUCCUUCUGCGACAGUCCUCGCAGGGGGGCGGGGCGCCCGGACUGUUCUCCCGCCCGUUCUGCACGUAGCGAGUGAGGCUCAGCAGCCCGGGGGGCGUGGCCACGUCGACGCCGUGCGCGAGGAGGUUAUAUAAAGGAGCGGCGCUCACUGUGUCCCGCGGCUUGGAUUUCGUCUUUAGAGCUGGUCGUCGAAGUCACGCAGGCUGGAGCCGCGUUGAGAGCGAGUGGAGUCGGGCACUCCCUUGUGGAACAGCUGGAAGAUCAGAGCGGCACCUUUGACCCUCUUCUUUGGGAUUAUUCCUUUUUUUUGGCCGAGAGGGAUCGACAGUUUGCCAAGAGCCACCAUGGUGCAGAAGACGAUCAACGGCUUUCAUCGCUCUUUUAAGGGUCACAACCCUUUUGAAGACGAGGACUUCAGUAAGAACGGCUCUCAUCAACUGGAGUCGGCGUUUAACUUUGACUGCCCCGCCAGGCCUGACAUGCCAUCAAGUCAGCCCAUUGACAUCCCCGAUGCAAAGAAAAGGAACAAAAAGAAAAAGAGAUGUCGGGCCACGGACAGUUUUUCUGGACGAUUUGAAGAUGUCUACAGGCUUCAGGAAGACAUCCUGGGUGAAGGAUCCUAUGCAAGAGUUCAGACCUGCUUCAACCUGAUCACCAAUAAGGAGUACGCCGUCAAGAUUAUCGAGAAGAGAGCUGGCCAUAGUCGGAGUCGAGUUUUUAGGGAGGUCGAGAUGCUGUACCAGUGUCAGGGGCACAGGAACAUUCUUGAGCUGGUAGAGUUCUUUGAGGAGGAAGAGAAGUUCUACUUGGUGUUUGAGAAGCUGCGAGGAGGUUCCAUCCUGACUCACAUUCACAAGAGGCGGCACUUUAACGAGAAGGAAGCCAGUAUUGUGGUCCAAGACAUUGCAAGUGCACUCAACUUCCUUCACAACAAAGGAAUGGCUCACAGGGAUCUGAAGCCUGAGAACAUUCUGUGCGAGCAUGAAGACAAGGUUUCCCCCGUUAAAAUCUGUGAUUUUGACCUGGGAAGCGGAAUAAAGCUAAACAGCGACAGCUCGCCGAUAUCCACCCCUGAGCUCCUGACCCCGUGUGGCUCUGCGGAGUACAUGGCACCGGAGGUGGUGGAGGCUUUCAACGAGGAGGCCUCCAUUUACGACAAGCGCUGUGACCUGUGGAGUCUGGGGGUCAUCCUGUACAUCAUGCUGAGCGGCUACCCGCCUUUCGUAGGCCACUGUGGCAGCGACUGCGGCUGGGACUGGGGGGAGGCCUGCCACGCCUGCCAGAGCAUGUUGUUUGAGAGCAUUCAGGAGGGCAAAUACGAAUUCCCAGACAAAGACUGGGCACACAUUUCAUUCGGAGCCAAAGAUCUCAUCUCUAAGCUGUUGGUUCGAGAUGCCAAAAAGCGACUGAGUGCUGCCCAAGUCCUGCUGCAUCCCUGGGUCCAGGGGUGCGCGCCAGACAACACCCUCCCGACGCCCAUCCUGCUGCAGAGAAACAGCAGCGCUAAAGAUCUGACCUUCUUUGCCGCCGAGGCCAUCGCUGUGAACCGCCAGCUGACGCAGCGCGAGGAGGACCAGGAGGAGAGCCGACACCCCAUCGUCAUCAAAGCGGCCUCCUGCUCCAUGCGCCUCUCCCCGCCCUCGGAGUCCAAGCUGGCGAAGCGGCGGCAGAAGAGCAGCCUCCUGAAGGGGGCGCCCGUGUCGGCGACAGAACUGCAGGAGAUGCUGGCCCCGCUGGUCAUCGUGGGGGACUGUGCCUGAAGCGGCCCCCCGCCCCGCAUCUGUCCCACUCCAACUCUCGGGCCCCCGCCCCGUGUUACGGCCUGCCGUCAGGGGGCCGCGAAGCUCAAACUUAACGUACACACCAAAGGACGUCUGUCAUGCUGCUCGGCUGUACCCACUGUGAAUUACUGUACUUUAAACAAAAAAAGUGUUUUACGCCUGCCGGGGUGAGUGUGUCUGAUUGGCAGGGCCAUCGUGCCAGGACACCGCGGAUAAGCUAACCCAAGUGGGCAGUGCCACCUCCACCCAUAUGUGCCAGGUGGAAUGAGGGGGGGGAGGGCAUUUGAUACAGCUUUGCCCCUGUGAACAAAAUAGUGCCAUCUGCUGGGCAUCUGGGCUGUGCGUUUGCAGAAAUCUCUUGUCCCAAAAAAAAAAAAUAAAAGUUGCCAGUGCUGUGCCCAGUUUGGAUGCCAUUUUCAGUGUGAGCCCAGAAUGUGCACUUCUGGAGCGGGCAUUAAGCUUGGCAGGUGCUUUCCAGGGUUCGGAAUGGUUGAAACAAACCUCGGUGCCAGCCUGGUGACCCCCCCUUUCUGCCUGUCGGGCACCUGCCCCCUAGUGUCAUGGAGUAUCCAGCGUUCACCUUUGGCCACUAGAGGGGGCUGUGAAUGUCAUUUUACAAACCCAAUCCAAGUGUUUCGUUUUCGGGGUCGUCGUCGUCAUCAUAAGCUUGAACUGAUUCGGACUUGGCCAAGAUAUUUGGGCUGUCGCCAGGUGUGCAGGGGGGGUCUGGGGGUCUGGUCUGUCUUUCCAUUGGCACACAAGUGAUUUUAUUUCUGCUGCGUUGUAAAUGCUUUUUUUUUUUUUUUUUUUGUACUGCUGUACAGACAGGUAAAUUUCAGGAAUUUUAUAAGUGUGACUUUUAACUAUGGAUGGCAAAAAAAGAGAAAAGGGGUCCGCGUGGGUGGCAGUUGUGGGCGCCCAUUUAGAUCAAUGCGACUGUUAAGUGUCCGUUGACGUGACAUGAGUGGCGCCCUUGGUGGCCCGAGUUCUCUGGACGCACAAGCCCCGAGUCCGGUCGGGGUACAAGCGAGGAAGUGGAGCUUUUCUGUUGUUCUCCUCAUUGCUUUGUCUUAUACUAAGACUUGUCGCUUUUAAUUCUCCGUUUUAUUGUGCAUUAUUUUAAAAAGGCAGUUUGGGCUCUGGUGCGGCUGGCGCCCUCUGCUGGUCAGUGGCGGUCUGGCUUCUCGGAGCGACCCCUGACCAGCGGACCGCCUUAUUGAGAAGGGUUGGGUGGUCUUUGUUUGGUGACCACUCAGUAUUGCAGGUGGCCUCUUCAGCACUGUGUCUUUAUUGUAAAGCUCCUGUGGGGCGGAAAAUGAAACUUGUAACAAACAAACAAAAAAAAAAUAAUAAUAAUAAGAGAAGCACUUUAAUGGACUCGAGGCCGACCUUCAGUUCAUGUGAAAAAACAAAGCGAAGUUUCUUACGGAAGUCGAUGUCAGGUUUUGUACCUUUUUUAAGAAUUGAAAUAAAAAAAAACAGAAAAA